UCCGGACGGCAACCAUAUUUGCAUUCCUGUUUACAUUAGUUACGUUCGUUAUGGUUUUCAAUUGUGUCGUGUUUAAGUGUUUUAACCGGCAAAGUACGUCAGAUAAGGAGAAUCGUUGUAGCUUUUUUCGUUUCCCAAAGGAUGCAAGGAAGAGGAAAGCAUGGAUAAAAGCUGUAAACAGGGCAGACUGGGCUCCAAACGAGUACAGUAGGAUUUGUUCUGCACAUUUUGUUGACGGGUGGCACAGCGACGACCCCAGUGAUGUGAAUUACAGGCCAACAAUAUUUUCCUACAAAGAAAAAGACCCCUCUGUGUCUGAGCAAGAUCGAAAUGUCAGACUUGCCAGUAGAAAUUUGUUGCAGACUGUUAAAGAACAGAAGUUAAAGGUCCAGGAAACAGAGACAGCAUGCCUAACCAGCUCAGUCAUGAUGCAUUCAUCAUAUGCCAUUACUGGACCAGAUGUAGAGAUGGAAGAGUUACAUGAACCUCAAGUCUAUGAUCAGCUUGACAAGAGUUUGUCAGAUACAAGCAUGUUACUUACAUCCAAUGUUGGGUCUCAGUGUGAUACAGAUCCCUUAUUAGAGGAAAAUAUGUUGCUGAGGAAAGAAAACAAAGAAUUGAGAGCUGCACUGCAACACCACAAAUGGACUAUACAGAAAAUAGCAGACAAUGACCAAAAGACCAGGUUCUACACAGGUCUACCUAAGUUUGUAGUGUUCAUGUGGCUCUUCAAGUAAGAUCUUAAUUAUUUAAAUUUUUUCACAAUAAUCUAAACACAAAAUUGCACUCACUCAAAUGUGUCCUUGUUUUACUUAUCACUAAUAAUUUUGUUGAAACUCUGUAAUAUUAACGUUUAAUUAAUACAAGUAUCACAUGAAGUUAACAUUGAGUAAAUGUCUUCUGACCAUGAAAACUUGCAAUUGGCUUAACGAAAAAAAAUGACACAAAGCACUGAAAUAAGAGAACUAAUACAUGUACUAAAAUACAGUUACAUCACUUUGAUCAUAUUCUCCCACACUAAGUAUCAAUCAGUACACAUGAAACCAAUAAAUUGUAUAUAGUUAAUUAACAGUUGGAGAUCAAUCAUACAUGUACAAGUAUAAAGUACCAACAGGAUGAAUGAUCACAAACUGAGGUGCUAUUUUUUUUAUAUAUCAACAUAUAUAGCAAAAUGUAUUAAGUUAAGUUUUAAUAUUUCCACAAACAAAAUCAAUGUGUACAAGUCACUGUUUGUUGCUCAAGUAUUUGUUUUUCCUUCAUGUUAAAUCCUUUUACUCAAUUAGUAGUAGUACUCAUACUCAUAGAAAAAUUGUAAGAUACUAUCUUUCGAACAGAAUUUUCCUUAAAUGCAGUAAGAUAUGGUCAAUUACUAUUUCAGUUAUCUGAAACCGAAGGCAGAAAGGAUGCAGUACUGGACUGGUUCAGAGACCUGUCAGAAGCAAGAUAGACAACGAGCAUCAACCAGCU